AUGGCUAUGAUUGCUUGGUAUUUGCUAUGUUUUGUUGUCAUUAUUCAAGUUCAUCUAAGUUUUGUCAUUGUUCGAGCUAUGCCAAUGAUCGUGAAAGUUUAUGGAAUGAAUGAAGUAGCCGUGAUUGGCCAUUCGAACCCGGACACAGACUCUAUUUGUACAGCACUUGGAUAUGCUGCUUUUUUACGAUUUCAAAACGUAAACGCAAAAGCGUAUCGUCUUGGUGAUCUCAAUAAGGAAACGCAAUUUGUACUCGACAUGGCAGGAAUACAACAACCUGACAUGUUACCUGAAGAUAUUCCUGAGGGAAGUGAAGUUGUAUUGGUCGAUCAUAAUGAGAGUGAAUCAGUUACAACAACCAAUGAUGAUCGAAAUAUUGUCAAUUAUCUUCAACCAAUUGCCAACAUUUCUGACAUUGAAUCCUAUGCUAAUAAACUAUUUGAAGCCAAAAGUGACUUGACAGGAUUCACAACACAACAGAUUCUUCUUCUCGAUUAUAAAACAUCUGUUUUCAAUAAUCAAAUAUGGGGUAUUGGUGUAGCCGAAACAUGGCAUCCAAGUUAUCUACUCGAACAUCAAGAUGAUUUGCUUCAAGAAAUGGCUAAAGAAAAGAUCAACAGUAACUUGACCGGUAUACUAUUCUCAAUUAUCGAUAUACUCAAAGAGAAAAAUUUGAUGUUAAUUCCUGGUGAGCCUGAAAAUACUGUCAUACGAGCAGCAUUCAAUGUUGAUGAUGUAGUGGAUCAAAUAGCUGACUUGGGACCAAGAAUGAGUCGCAAGAAACAAAUCAUUCCACCACUCGAAGAAUAUUUCAAAAAUAAUCCUUAA